AUGAAGCACCCGCCAGUCCUCCUCGCCCUCGUCCUCGCCCUCGGUGUGCACGCCCAGAGCGCGUCGAGCGUGUCGCACGUGAGCAUGCGCACACCGACGUUCCCGCUCAGCGGCAUUCCCCUCAGCAGCGUCUUCCCCAGCGCGACGAGCGUCCCCUCGUCCCCGCCCGAGUCCUCCGCCGCGCCCACCUCGGAGCCCUCCGCUUCGAGCGAACCAGCGACCUCCGCCUCCUCGAGCGCCUCCUCUGCCCCGGGCGCGUCCUCCGCGUCCUCAGUGACGUCCGCCCCGGGCUCCUCCGUUACCUCCGCCCCGAGCGCGUCUGUCAUCCGCAGCUCCUCCGCCCCCUCCAGCACCAGCACCAGCGGCGCUCGUCCGCUUGCGCACGCCAUGCAGCUCCCGCUCCCCGUCGGCAUUGCACUUGGCGCGCUGCUCCUCGUGCAGUGA